UACAGGUUUUUUUUGAAUCCCAGAAAAUGAUAGAAAGUGGAAUCACAGCCAGAGUGCCUGGAGUUAUGGAGAGUCAGCACGCCUCUUCACAGGACUUCAGGUUACUCACCACAGACCCCUCUCAACUGAACAAGGAGGACCUCCCCGGUGACCUGCAGUCCCUGUCAUGGCUGACCUCUGUGGACGUGCCGCGCCUGCAGCAGAUUGGGGCCAGCCGGCCGGACUACAGCGGAUCAGCCCAAGCUAGUCUGCUGGACCAGCAGGCAGCUCAGAUGAACAGCAUGACGUUGACUGGGGUCCCAAACUCCAUGAUCCACCUGCAGAGCAACAUGCAGCACAGUCCUUUGGGAAUCAACAGCAUGGCGCAGUACCCCCUGACUGGGCAGCACUCGCCAGGGUUCCCCUGUCCAGCCUCCGUAUACCAGCCCUCCAGCCAGCAAGUGCUCACCCUCACCCAGGCAGGCCAGCAGUGUUCACCUGUUGGACUGUAUGGCAGCUACAACAAUCAGACGCUGUUUUCUCAGCCUCGGAUAGCUCCACACAGCAACCAGGACCUGCAUCCCAAGUCCUUCCCCAAGCCCAUCUACUCAUACAGCUGUCUUAUCGCCAUGGCGCUGAAAAACAGUAAGACAGGUAGUCUGCCCGUCAGUGAGAUCUAUAACUUCAUGAAGGAGCACUUCCCUUACUUCAAGACUGCUCCUGAUGGCUGGAAGAACUCGGUGCGGCACAACCUGUCCCUGAACAAGUGCUUUGAGAAGGUGGAGAACAAGCUGAGCGGCUCCUCGCGGAAGGGCUGCCUGUGGGCGCUCAACCCGGCCAAGAUCGACAAGAUGGAGGAGGAGAUGCAGAAGUGGAAACGCAAGGACCUGCCCGCCAUCCGCCGCAGCAUGGCCAACCCAGACGAGCUGGACAAGUUGAUCACUGACCGACCGGAGAGCUGCCGGCGGAAGGCGCUGGAGGCGGGCAUGACCCGUCUGCCCGUGUGCCCGUCGGGCCCCACCAUCCCCGCGCAGCCGCAGGCGGUGGCCACGCUGGCCCUGCAGUGCCUGCCCCUCCACCAGCAGCACCAGCUGCACCAGCUGCAGCUCCAGAGCCAGUCGCGGCUGGCGCCCAUGUCGCCGGCGCCGGCCCAGACGCCGCCGCUGCACGCCGUGCCCGACCUCAGCCACAGCCCGCACCCGCAGCAGCACCAGGGCCGGCCGCAGCAUCACGACCUCUACGCCAUGCACUGCGGAGAGGUCAACGAGGUGGACGCUCUCGACCCCAGUAUCAUGGACUUUGCAUUGCAAGGUAACUUGUGGGAGGAGAUGAAGGACGAUAGCUUUAACCUGGACGCACUGGGAACCUUCAGCAACUCUCCCCUGCGUCUGUCCGACUGUGACCUUGACACCAGCGGCAUGCCCCCAGUCUCGUCCAGCGCUCAGGUCCUGCAGUACCCCGACCUCCAGCUAACGGGGGUCUACACAUCGGUCAGCGCUCUUGAUGCCCUCUCCACCCAGUACAUGGGCUCACAGGGGGGCACCAAGCCAAUCAUCUUACUUUAA